GGACUGGAACAAGAACAUAAACAUAGUAAACUCUCGAGUCCCAAACACAUGUCAAAGGUUUGAAUACAGGUUCCUAUGAAUACAGCGACAGUAUCAACACCAAGUUGGUGGUGUUGCAUUCAGACCCACCAUCAACAUCAUUCACCUCCUCAUUUCUUUCCCCGCCCAAUACACCCACAGUUCAAAGGUUUGAGGUUGUUAUAUAGAAAGAGAGUCGUUGAAUCUAGAUGGGAAAACGGUGCUGUGUCUGGAAGCAAUGAAGUUAAUGUAUCUCCUUGGGAUGAUAAACCAUUUGAAAUUCUUCCAAAUGGUAAAAGGUCUUAUUUGGAUGAACAAGAUGUUGUUGCGUUUCUUGAUCCUCCUAAUACUUUGAUUCCUUUGGACCCUACUUCUUAUAAUCCUGCUGCAUAUCUCUGGAAAAAAAUUGAAGAUAUUCCGGAGGAACGGCGUCAUCGACUGCUGCUAUUGAUAAAUCCUAGACUUAUAUCAAUGGCUUGGCAGAUAGCUGGUACACGAUAUGAGGAUCCCAAGUUAGUAAAGAAAAGUGAAUCUACAUUGUUGAUCAGCUCCAACAAAGAUGAUGUGAUGCUUGAAUAUUACAACUGCCGAACAAGUGGAGGUCCAAUGCCAAUUUCCUGGAUUAAUUCAUUCAGAAAGGCUAUAUUUUCUGGCAAGGAUGGGAAGACCUAUGGACGACUUAUUGGCGGAUCAGCUUUGGCUUCAUUUGCUAAUUCUUUCGCUCCUCUGUAUUUUACGAUGACACAAGUUAAGGAAGUGCUGUCAACUGAGCAGCCUUGUGAUUUAGCAUAUGAAUUUGGGGAUGGACUGUAUGAUAUCAAAGAACUUCCACUAGGAUUUCCUAGACCAGUUAAACAUCCUUAUCCUUUCAACGAUCAAAUUGUUAUAUAUGUUCGCUAUCUAGGACCAGGUGUUUCAGUAGGGCAAGCUUGGCAAGAGGGAAAUAAGUUGGAACAAAUACCACAAAAAUUAUGUGGUGGGAUUUUAAUGGUGAAAGAUUACACAUCAUUACAAGAACCGCAGUGAAGAAACGUUUUCGUUUAAAAGAUUUGUGCAGACCAACCAAUGUGUCUGUUAAGUAAUGACGUGCAGAUGACUAAGUUUCUGUUUCUAUGGCAUAUGUUACGGAAUUAUAACUUUGUCUAGAAUGUUUUCUGUUCUUGUACAGGCCAACUCGGUAUAGAGCUAGAUUAUGAAGCAUAGCGAUGUUUAAUUGUAGCCUUGGAACCCUAAUUUGUACCUUAUAGGCUCUAAUCAUUUUGAUUGAAUUCUUUAAUUAUUGAAACACUGCAGAGUACAUUUUCUUUUUGUAAAA